AUCAUUGGCAGCGGCAAGGUCGACAUGGGCUUCAAGGCCAUGAUCCAUACACUUGCGGCCAAAGCUCGUAACUUCCCCGUGACCUCAAUUGGCUCUCUUCUCGAUGAGCCUUUCACUGGGGUGGUAUACCUCAAGGACAGCGGAAUCACCGAGGACUUCCGCACCUUGAAGGGUAAAAGAAUCGGCUAUGUUGGGGAGUUUGGAAAGAUUCAAAUCGACGAACUCACCAAGUACUACGGCAUGACUGCAGACGACUACACCGCUGUCCGCUGCGGCAUGAACGUUACUAAAGCAAUCAUCAACGGUACUAUCGACGCCGGCAUCGGCCUCGAAAACGUGCAAAUGGUUGAGCUGGCCGAAUGGCUUGCGACCCAGAACCGCCCCCGCAGCGACGUCCAAAUGCUCCGCAUCGACCAGCUUGCCGAACUAGGCUGCUGCUGCUUCUGCUCCAUUUUGUAUAUCGCCAAUGACGCCUUCCUGGCCGCUAACCCAGAGAAAGUACGCAAGUUCAUGCGCGCCGUGAAACGGGCAACGGACUAUGUUCUCGCGAGCCCGAAAGCAGCUUAUGAGGAAUUCAUCGAUAUGAAGCCAAUCAUGGGUACACCCGUGAACCAGAAGAUCUUCGAGCGUUCUUUCGCUUAUUUCAGUCGCGACUUGAAGAAUGUACAGCGUGACUGGGCGAAGGUUACCAAUUAUGGAAAGCGCCUGGACAUCCUGGAUGCCGGGUUCGUCCCCAACUAUACGAACGAGUAUCUUUCCUGGCCGUUGGAUGGGGACUCGGCUGAUCCAUUGGGUGAUCAGAAGCGCAUGGCGGUGUUGCAGGAGAAGGUUGCGGUCGAAGGUGGGUUCAGACGGUUGGAAGUCGUUGCAGCUGCUCCUGCUUAAAAAAAAGAAGCUCUUGCCUAAGUUGAGUUUUCUUUUUUACUUGUGAUUUUGUGGUCUUUGUCCUAUCGCUCAUUGGGAGAGAUCUUGCUCUCAUUUUACUGGGGAAGAACCGAUCUUCCAAGCUCAAUGUAGCUUGCUAGACCACGUAGCUAUUUGCAUUCCUUAUCAGACACCGGUAGCAAUUGAGGACCAUUUAUCUCAAACUAUAUUCGUAUUUUCAUUAUCAUCCACACAUGUGUAGUUGC